AUCCAUAACACGUACGUACGUCUACAAUAUGUCUCAACUCAAAUUCGUAGUAGUAUCAUCCCGUUCAAAUUUCCAAACAAAUAAAACUAUACACAAUGACAGUUCAAAACAUACACUUUUAAAUAUUAUCUUAAACAACUUUUACAUAUUUUGGCUAUAUAUACAACGCUCUUAGAGGACCUAAAACAACUUUAGUUACACAGACAAAAUUAUUACCUACAAAUCAAAUUCGGAACGUUUUGCCUGCAAUAACUCGUUUGGAAGUUACUCAUCAAGGACACUGUGUGGUUAUAUCGUGAGCCAGGCAAUCGCAUGUGACAAACAAGAAGCAGGGCUGAAGCUGUGAUAGUCAGACACUCAAUAUCUUCACUAUCAUUGAAUAUCUUCUUAUAUACACUCCUUUUCAGAUCAUUUUUAUAAAUGAAAAUGAUACAAAAUUUUGAUAACAUCAAUUAUAAAUAUAUAAAAUAAAUUAUUUUAAAUACGUUUUAUAGUGCAUAUAAACAUAUAUCUUGUAUAGUCAAAUAAAGUUGGAUAGUUAGUAAAUGGGAGUGUUUUGAAUGAGAAAGAUCGAAAUUGAUUUAAAAAUGUUUUCCAAAAUUUGUCAUGCUUAACAUUCCUCCCAUAACUAAACUCGUAGAAUUAAUGAAUCCAAACGCCAACCAUUUGCGUGUUUCGGUGACCACUAACUUUGUAAAGCAAACACGUGUUAAUUAAGAAUAAAUGUCCACAUACAUUGAAAGUUUCUAAAGCAAAAAACGUUUUUAUUACGGAUGUAUUUAAUAUAGUAUUUAAAAAGAUUUGUAGUUAUUUGAUUUUUAAUGUUAAAAUUAUUUUGGAUGAAUUGUGAAUGUUUUUAUAACUUUAAUUCAAACAUUUUAUAUUUUCAAUUUAAAUCGUAAGACUUUUUCAAUUAAAUAAUUCCACCAAAAUACCUGAAGAUUAUAACAAAUUGAUGUCCAUUACUUGAAAUAAUAAUCAUGGACAUAAAAUUUAUCAUUUUAAAAAUUUAUGUUAAAUAACAUGUAAUUUAUCAUUUUAAUAGUUAUAUUUCAAAUUAAAUAUACCCCAGAGUAAAUGUCCACAUACGUGGUAGUAAAGCAAAAACGUGUUAUAGUUAAGAGUAAAUGUCUUACACCUCGAGGUUUUCCAUUUUUCUUCCUUUUGGCAAUUAUGUUGCUCCCCAAUGAUUCAUAAACAAGAUAUAGUACAUCGAGUAGGGAAUAAAAACGACUAACCUCCAUAUCAUAUCAAAUUUAAUCAUAUUCUUAUUCUUCUGAGCUGAGUAAACUUCGAUAUACAGUAUAUAUCAAUGUUCUUUAUUCUGAAAACAGCACACUGAACCACCCCCAAAUAAUUACGAUUUUUAAUCCCACGAGGAGAACACAAAGCAAGAAAAUGUCUCUUUCCUGUAUCAAAAGAAGCUGAAGAUGAAGAUAAUGUCAUUUUCCAAAAGGCUUAUUUUGGAAUUUUUUAAAUAUUUGGACUUUACAGUCUGUAUGCAUAUAUAAUACCAUACUUGGAAUACAUUGAUAUUUGGUUUUGUCUGCCUAUAUAAUUACAAAUAUUAAUCACCCAAAAAAUAAAGAAACACAGGUACAAUGUUUUCUAUCCUUGUUUUUCUAUCAUUUUGCUAAUUAUUCAUAAAUAUAUUGUUAAUUGAUUGUUGUCUUUUGAGUACACCUACAAAUACAUAUUAAUCUUAGUUAUAUAUGAUCACUAGUAUUACAUCUUGUUUGCAUUAAUCUUGUUUUCAGUUUCCUAGCAUUACAGAACCUUUUAUAAAGCUUGCAUUAAUCUUAGUUAUAUAUGAUCACUAGCAUAUAAAGCUUGCAUUAAUCUUUCAGUUUCCUAGCAUUACAGAACCUUUUAUUAUGCUGUAUUUUGUCACCAGGAAUUUGCAUAGUUCUUCCUGGCUCUUGACUCCGGGGAUAUUCUCUCCUUGGAUUCUGAAACGUACUCCAGAAUCUCAAGCAAACUUAGAAAACUUACAACUAAACUUAGCCUGGCUCUGAUACCAUGUCAAGAAUCUUAGAGGUUGUAAAUCGAUCCUUGUCUUAUUCAUCAAAGAGGCAGCGCCUAAUAUACAGAGAGUUCAGCUUGUACAUUACGUAACCUAAAGCUCGUUAACGUUAUACAUUUGUACGGCCCAUUGGGGCCUAAUAAAAUUCAAAAUCUGAAGACAAUAAAUUAAGUAUGCAACUAAGUAAUAUGUUAAUUCUAAAUCAAAAAGAAAAAUGUCAUCAUGGCUUAUCUCUUAGAUACAUCGAGUAGCUAGUAUGCAUAUGCAAAUACGUAUAUAAUUAUGUAAAUGCGAAUGUAAUAUAUAUAUAUAUCAAUGUUCUUGUCAUGGUAAAAGACGAUUAAAUAGUAAAACUUGGGUAAAGUUUUCAGUGUCACACAAAUAAUACAGAGAGGAUAAAUGAAUAAAUAAAAGCUUGUCCCACCUUGUUCUCCACGGAUACAAAUUUCAUACCCGGCCGGGACAAAGACGUUGGCCUAGUUACUUCAGUAUUGUCACUCUGAUUGUGGUGUCCAAACCCCCAAAAAUAUCAAAGCAAACAGUGACUGCCAGUGUGUUGUUUUAUUUAUACUAAUAAUAAAUAUAUUUAUAAAAAAAUAUAGAGUGGGUCUAUACGAAAAAACAAAAUAAAUAUAGAGCCAUUGGGUCCAUUCCCUUUAUUGCAUUGUUUUGGUCCCAUUCCCUCUCCACAAUUCUAACACGUCCAAAAUUAUUUAUGCAUUAUAAAUAUUUUGAGUGAUUGAGAAGAAAUGAUAAGACAAAAAUUUUACCAACACAUUUCUUCUUCUUAUAUCAAAGUUGGGUUCUCUCUCGUUUCUUCAUCGCUUCACUAGCUACCUUGUUUUCUUUUCUCAUUUUGAAUAGUUCUCAAACCUUUAUUUUCAUCUAGACACUACAAAAUAUAGUGCAAUUCCCUAGCAAAUCGUCAUUUUCUAAUAUUUGCAUUAGUCUCAGGAUCCAAAAUGGUUUCAACAGUUUCAAAGAGUACGUCCAUUGAUGAAUACGACGACACCAUCCACAAGGAGAGAGUGUCUCAGCUUCACAGCCCCUACUCAUCGUCUGACUUAGUGAGCCAAGAGAUCAAAGCAGAGCAAACCGAUAAUUCUAAAAAGACCAAAAGGGUUAAAGAUUCCGGUAGACAUCCGGUUUAUCACGGCGUGAGGAUGAGGAACUGGGGAAAAUGGGUUUCCGAGAUUCGUGAGCCGAGGAAGAAGUCACGUAUCUGGCUCGGAACGUUCCCGACGCCGGAGAUGGCGGCGCGUGCGCACGACGUGGCGGCUUUGAGCAUCAAAGGAAGCUCGGCUAUACUAAAUUUCCCUGAACUUGUUGAGUCAUUCCCUAGACCCGUCUCGCUAAGCCCUAGAGACAUUCAGACAGCUGCUCUCAAAGCAGCACAGAUGGAACCAACGACGUCGUUUGCGUCUUCAUCAUCAUCUUCUACUUCUUCGUUUGAGUCUCUUGUGUUAGUGAUGGACCUCUCGAGGACUGAGGCAGAGGAGCUGGGAGAGAUCGUGGAACUGCCAAGUCUCGGACCGAGUUACUACGUUAACGUUGGAAACGAGUUUGUGUUCUCUGACUCAGUAGACUACUGUUUUUAUCCUCCACCGUGGGGUGAGUUGUCGGAAGAUAGUUACGGUUACAACCAAGUCUUGUCAUGGGAUCUCUAACGACGUUUUUAGUCAAUUUAUUUUUUGUAUCAUCAUUAUUGUAACCAUUUUCAUGUUCAAUAACGUUUUUGAACCCUAUUUCGUUUUUUGAUUUCGUGGUGUAAGGGUUUUUUCUUCAGUGCGUUUGUGAGCUCCAUACUGAAAUACGUGUACAAAACUCUAUUUGUGUUUUUUUUUAUAUUAAUAUCGGUUUGGUUUUUGAAAAA